UUUAAUGGAUUUAUCAAAGAUUAAUGGGUUGAUAAGUUAACAUAGCUUAUUUAAAAUCCAGCAUGCCCAAUGAAUUUUGCAUAUAUAUAUGUGGUCUUACAAAAAGCUUAUUAAUUAGCUGAACAAAGUGAAGAUGAGCACCUGCUGAGUUCGUGACUUAGCCAACUAUCAUACAAAAAACAAUUUUUUAUUUUUUUUUAUGGUGACGAUGACAAGACUACGCAAAAAAAAUCAAAAUUCAAAAUUUUUUUGAAUUCCGGUCGUGAUUGUCAGAUCGAAGCAAACAAAUUCUCCGUUUCCAUUUUGUCCACUUCGUCCUCUUCCCCCCUUCUCCUUCAUUGUCCAUAACCCAUCCCAAAAUUUUGUAAUCGCAAGUCGAGAUGUCGGCAAUCUUGCUGUACGGAAUUUGCCUGGGUUUAUCCAUUCUGCUGUUGUUUGUGGGUGCCGCUUUGGGUCCUCUGAAGCGAUUAAUCCUGAACAGGAGAGGUCGAAACCAACUGGCCGUGGUGCCAGCAGUAUCAAAUGCCGGGCAGAGGGCCUCGUACGAUCCUUUGGAGCAAUCCUCGUGGCACAAGUCCAUUCGCGUUUACAUCCGCUACUUGGCCCGCUAUGUCCAUGUGCCACCGGAUUUGGAAGAAGCCGGGAUGCCGGAGGAACUUCAUCGCCAUAUGCAGGUCCUUGCCAUGCUGCAGGAUCUGUUCCGGACGGGCCGAUUGCAAAGGACCUCCGUCCCCGUCUCCGACUCCGUGCCUGAUCUCGAUCUCGACCAGAAUCGCUAGGAAUGGGGAAACAAAUGAGAAAGAAUGGGGACCGCCUGAGUGAGAGGAUGCCAUUCAAGUUCAUCAUCCCCAAUCCAAUUCUAUGCUUAAGGCUUCGCCAUCGAGGAGUAAUUAUUUCCAGGCGGACUUCGGUUGCGGUGUCCCUAAUACAUUUUUAAUUGCUCUGGCCGUUUAAUUUCCCCCCCCCCAAAUUAACAUCCAUUUCAGGAAGGUAGUGGAAAUAGAUUAGCCUUCCCGGAUUGGGUGGGAACUUAGCCUAGUUUCCUGUUGCUAUUUCAAGGACAUCGCAUGACAAGUAGGCAUUAUUUGCCUUGAACGAUAGCUAUUAAAUUGACGAAUUUGCAAAUACUCUGGGAUUAAUAUAAUACAUCAUAAGUUAAAUAUUAAAUCGCUGGCAAUCAGCCAGCAUUUCCGAUUAAGGCUGAUAAGCAUUAAAUUUGAAAACUUUCAUUUAUAAUA